AUGACUGUUGUUUCGGUGUUUGCUCACUUUAUAGCAUCUCUUGAUGCCAAAAUUGAUGAUAUCACGAAAACCCCUUUCACGCCCUUCUACCAGACCAACUAUAAUACUUCGUCAAGCAUCGAGAAGAGCCAGCUUAGCGACAUCAUCGGGAAGAUGGACGGAGCAAUCAACAGUAUUGACUCGGUUAUCGAGCAACUCGCCGAACGCAAAGCCUUGCUUGACUCCACGAAACGCGAACACUCCCGGUUCCGCUCAGUUGUAGGACGGAUACCGGAGGACGUGUUGUCUAUCAUCUUCGAGUACAGCAGUCUUGCACAAGCAAGAGGCAGAGAUGGCUUCUUCAAGUACAGGCCUUCGCUCUGCUUCAACUUCUCCGACACUUGUCGACGCUGGCGAACUGUUGCACUCGGCAAUCCAAAACUAUGGAACAACAUCUUUCUCAAUGCAAGAGCGACUUGGGGCGGAUAUAAACCGCUCCUGCCUUUCUUUGCGUCUUUAGUGCUUCCGUCGCUUUCUGAGCUCAGUUUCCCCUUCAAGUUUGCAAGGGAAGAAGGCGAGGAAACCCAGAUCUUGGAAGCAUUCCUUGCUCGCUCGCAAUGUCCUCUCAAGCGAAUGAACGUGAUAAACCGCACCAAGGACGAGGACAGAAUAUGGAUCGGUGGAUGGGUUGAACGCCUCCGGAGCACUUAUCCGCAACUUCAGCUGGUCGAUGAUAAAUCCUACGAAGAUAUCAACGCUAUCAUGGCUGCAUGGUACUCCUAG